UAAUCACUAUUAUUUUGUUGUCAGUUGAAAUACUUUUAGUGUAAAUGGAAGAACCAGUUUGUACAAUGGACGUUGAAGAAAAACCAAAAUUUGAAACUGACAAUGCAGAACAAAGUAGAAAAUCAUCAAGAAUAACCUGGAACAACAAAUUUGAAUUUAUAUUCAACGUCGUAGGCUAUAAUGUUGGAUUAGGAAAUGUUUGGAGAUUUACUUAUUUGUGUUUCAAGAACGGCGGGGGUGCAUUUCUUAUUCCCUAUUUAAUCGUUGCUGUAUUCUGUGGAGUGCCGAUGAUGUUUAUGGAAGUUGCAAUAGGACAAAUGACAAAACGAGGCUGCAUUGCCGGAAUAGACAAUAUGGUACCAUUGAUGAGGGGUGUCGGAUAUUCAUCGAUUCUGUUGACAAGCUAUUAUCUUGUUUAUAUUGCACUGGUUGUAGCCUGGUGUAUAAUAUAUUUGUUCAGAUCAUUUACGUUGGGAUUACUACCUUGGGCAACAUGUGAUAAUCAAUGGAACACAAACGCGUGCAUUCCUAUUAUUGAUGAAUACGGAAAUAAAAGCCAUUUUUUAUUUUCGAACUCUUCCAACGACGUCGUCGAUGCUACGAAUACAUCAGAACCCGUAUUAUCUACAGUCGAAUUUUUCAAUAAUUACAUAUUACAACGGACGGACGGAAUUACGGACAUGGGAAGUUUUUCAAACUGGAAAAUAUUUGGAUGCUUUGUUGCUGGUUGGAUAUUAAUAUACAUUUGUAUUGUCAAAGGAAUCAGAACUACAGGAAAGGUCGCGUAUUUAACUGUUUGUUUACCAUAUAUUGGAAUGUUUGCGCUUUUGAUCAGAGGAAUAACAUUAGACGGGGCAAGCAAUGGAAUUUUAUAUUAUGUUACUCCAAAUAUAACGAAGCUAGCUGAUCCACAGGUCUGGUUAGAUGCAGGAAGUCAGGUGAUAUAUUCCCUUGGACUUGCUUGUGGAGCUGUCAUUGGAUUAGGAAGCUACAACAAAUCCAACUUCGAUUGCUACAGAAGUUCCUACUUUUUCGUUCUCACCUGCUGUGGCAGUUCUGUGUUUUUUGGAUUCGUCGUUUUCAGCUUCCUAGGUCACAUGGCUUUAGAACAAGGAUUAGAUGUUCAAGACGUAUUCGAAGGGGGACCAGGGCUCGUGUUCCAGGUUUUACCAGCAGAAUUCGCACUGUUGCCAGGAUCCCAAAUCUGGUCUACAGUAUUUUUCAUAGCUUUACUCGGACUAGCUCUCGAUGGCUCGUAUGAACCUUUGGAAGGAAUAAUCACCGCACUAGCAGAUUACUAUCCUUCGCAUUUUGGACAUCAAGGGUCGCAUUAUUGGAGAAUUGGAUUGUGCUUGGCACUACUGAUUGUUGGAUUACCGCAAUUAUUUGAUGGAGGAAUUUACAUAUUUGAGGUAAUCAAUAUGUAUGGUGGAAGUGGCAUCUGUAUUUUAUGGGUAGCAUCUAUCGAAACAAUGACGAUAAGUUGGAUUUAUGGAAUUGAUAAAUUUUUCGACGACGUCACAAGUAUGAUUGGAUAUCGACCAUCAAUUUUAAUUAGACACUGUUUAAAAUACGUGACCCCAGCGAUAUGCAUGAUGAUAUUUAUUGCAAUCUGCUCAAUGUAUAAACCGCUCGAGAUGGGGAGUUACACCUAUCCCUGGUGGGCUGAUAUGAUCGGAUGGGUGAUAUCAAUAUCGGUCGUUGCAAGCAUACCUAUCAUUGCUAUAAAGGCAUUACUAGAAGCUGAAGGCACGUGGAAACAGAAGUGGAAUAUUUGCAUCACCCCUAGACGCGAAACAAACUCGGAGAUGAGGAAUAAAUUCGAAUUGGAUAAGUUUAUCAACGAAGUUUAAAGCAGCUCUGACAACUGAACGAUUGACAUAUUAUAAUUGAAGAAUUUUCUUUGUCUACAUAUUUUUAUAUUCCGAAUAUAUAUAAUACAUGUAUUUUUAAACAUUGA